GAGAGAGAGAGAGAGAGAAAGGCUAGAGUAACAGAAGAUUGAAGGUCGUGCGAGGAGAGGAAAACAUGUAGUAACUCACUAUGACCAGCAGAGGCCGACACACUUCAGUCUAACGGAGGUCUGGAACAAGAAUAUAGAUGUACGGACGGUGGAUGGACGAACAGAUGGAUGAAUGGAGGAGGUGGACGUACCCCGCAGUGUGUGGAAGGAGACUGUUGGGAAUAUACACCGGAGACCUGUUUAAACAUCUUGAAUUGCAUUGCAUUGAUGCAUUUGGCAGAUGAGAUAACAGAAAACAAGAUAAACACACCUGCAUUCAUAGUGUUUCAAAUAAAACUGUGAAGGAAAUCACGCAUUUUGACCUAAAAAAAAUUGCCUUGCAUUUGACAGAUGCAAAUAUGUGCACUACCUGGGAUCAAGCGCACUACCUAGUGUUUCUCCAUCGAUAAAACAGUGAAGAAAACAAAAGAAUGACAUCUCAGAUAGCACUAGCCGUAACGCUCUCGCUUCUUAUCCUCCUCACUGUCAGCGGGAAUAUUUUGGUUUGUCUGGCCGUGUACUCUACGAGACGCCUGCGCAACGUCACCAACUGCUUCAUCGUCUCGCUAGCGGUCACGGACUUCCUAUUGGGCGCCCUUGUGUUGCCAUUUUCCACCCUUUACCAAGUUACGGGCGACUGGCCACUAGGGGCGCACUUCUGCAACGUCUACAUUUCGUUGGACGUCAUGCUAUGCACUGCCUCAAUACUCAAUCUCUUUGCUAUCAGCUUGGAUCGCUACUUUGCGGUCACCGAACCGCUGCGCUACCCAAUGCUUUUGCUUCCGUGGCACGUCGGCGCGAUUUUAGCGGCGAUAUGGCUGGUUUCGGUUGCCGUUUCAUUCGUCCCCAUCCACAUGGGCUGGAAUACGCGAGACUUGAGCGUGCAAAAUAUUCGCGAGGGCGACCCUGCGCGAGACUGCCGAUUUGAGUUGAAUCCGGCGUACGUAUUGGUGGACGCCUUCGUGACGUUUUAUCUCCCCCUGGUGGCCAUGUGUUGGAGCUACCACCGAGUUUUUCGCAUUGCAAGGAUGCAGGCGAAACGGAUCAUUUCUAUUCGACGGGGUUCGUCGUCGUCUCCAGGCGCUACGAUUCUUGCAUUGCGCGAACACAAAGCCACAGUGACGCUUGCGGUUGUGCUCGGUGCGUUCGUGGUGUGCUGGUUCCCGUAUUUCACGUUUUUCACGAUAAUGGGGAUACGUAACGAAGAUAACCCGCCACGGACGGCGCAAUCAGUCGUGCUUUGGCUUGGAUACGCAAACUCUGCGCUAAAUCCCAUUCUUUACGCUACGCUUAACAGAGACUUCAGGUCCGCUUACGCCAAGCUGCUGUGUGGAGGACGAGGAUGUAAAACACAGAGGGAAAUACCGAUAACAGCAAAGGAGGAGGGGCUAAUGAUUAGACACGCCCCUCCUGAACAAAGGGCGGAGCUUCGGCCUAGAACUUGUGUGUUGCUGCAAGAGAUUGAAAACGGGAAGAGGGUCGAUGGCAACACAACGACUGGUGCUACAGUUACCAUUGUAGUUAAUGGGAAUAAAAGGUAGUAUGAAUAUUGUCAAA